AUGCUCAAAUCGGCCAUUCCGACCCAUUUGUGUACGAACUUGAAGCGAACGACGCAACGUGGACUUUCUCUGACCCAGUUCGUGCAAGAAAAGGCGCAGGAGGCUCGAGAUUUUCGCAAAGACGAGGAAGCGGGCAGAGGGGAGGUGAUGAAACUGUUGCAAGUGGAGGGAAGUACCGGCUUUGGUGGUGCUGAAAUCGAUGACGACCACGUUGUGUCAAGUGCAGAGAAGGUGAAGACGUACGGUGCACUCAAGAGCUUUGUGGAGCCUUUUGCAACGCCAAAGGGAUCGAAGCGGAACACGUCGAAGGGAUCCAAGACAAGCGAGGGAAAGUCGAAGUUUAUCCGGUUCUUUCUGGAUCAGAGUUUGAUGAGUUGGUUCUGCACUCGGACGUUGUGUGGAUCAUCGGAGUUUAUGGACUCUCAGCGGGGAGCAGCAAGACUUAGACGAGAAGCAGCGGAAGAAGACUUUGACUCAAUUGCACCGUAA